AUGCACCACGACGAGAAGGACAGCUUCUUCCGCCGCUCCUUCGUCGAGCAGCGUACUGCGCUUGACUUGGUUGGUCUUGCUAAUCAGCAAGCCGACCUUGACUUCAAUGGAGACCAAGUCAGCAGCCUUCUUACUACCCUCAUUGUAGGUUCCACUGUCUUCAAAAACUCGUCAACUCGUGUGACUGACUGUGUUCAAUAG